AACAGUUGGAAUUAUCAAGUGUCCGGCACUGUCACAACUACUGUAUGGGAAAACUUUCAGGAAUGUGUGAAAGUUAAUGUGAGGCCUAUAUUUUGCAAGCUGUUUUUUGCUUAUACGUCAUAAAAUAGAGACAUACAACGCUGGUCCAUACAAUGUUGCCAAACCGAACAGUAUUUUAGUCCAUAGUCCGUAUUCAACAUUCCGCUGUUCGACCUAUAGAGGAACAGCGCUGUAGAUUGUUUGUCAAUAUCUUCGAGUUAGUUGAUUUUUACCAAGUUUUAUGUGUAAAGCAACCGUUUUACAAAAACACAAAACAUAAAAAAGAUGUCUUGACUGUAAAUGUGUCAGAGUGUCUAGUGUAUGUGUAUAAGACAUAUUGAUAAUACUGACAAGGAGAACAUCGUAUAUGUGGAAUAAUGCUACUUUUAUAUGCAAGUGAAGAAUUCCAUCUGUUUCAUUAGAGAAAAGAAUGUUUGGAACCUUUAUACCAUAAAUAGUAUUUGAACUUUCCACAAUUAAGAUUUUAUUAUUUAUACAUUACCCCAUGGAUAUUUAAUAUAAGUUUUUGAAGUGGAAAAGCAAGCAUUUGUAAUACAAUAACAAAAAACGACGGAUAACCGUUACUGUGCAAAAAGUUCCAUAAAUUGGUACUUUUAAUCGAUAUACUUUAAAACAUGUACAUCAGAAUGUCACAACAAACAGAUAUGUAUGGCUUAUAUAGCAAAGAUGAAUACACCCGACAAUUGUGUAUCUUGUUUAGUUGAUGCACAGAAUAUUAUCUUAGGCAAUUGUCCAUUUUCUUUAUUGCAUAUCUUUAUUCCUGCUCUUUUAGAGCAUUCUCAUUGUCAUAAAGUAUACAGUGUUCACAAAAUCACUUUUAAUGAGGCUGAAAGCACGUACAGGAAGGCUAACUCUCUUUUGAGAAGGUACAGUGUUUUACAACUGACUUUCAUGAACAAUGAACCAUUCGGGAAGUGGAAAACGUCAGGCGAAGGUUUUGGAAGAAAACUAUUGGGACUGCAGUGUUUGCACAUAUAGAAAUACAGCAGAAGCAUUUAAGUGCCUCAUGUGUGACGUCCGUAAAGGAACUUCUACGCGGAAACCCCGUAUUAAUCCCCAACUUGUGGCACAACAGGUUGCGCAGCAACAAUAUGUACCACUUUUAAAACCUGGGAAGAAGGAAGGUGCAAGUGGGGGUAGUACAACUAGUAGCGGUAAAGAAAAAGAUCGUAAAUUGGACAAACCAAGGCGUAAAAAUAGGCAUCCGCCUCGUCUAAAAAAUAUAGAUCGUAGUACGGCUCAGACCAAUGAAGUGACAGUGAACAAUGUUACUGUCGUUAUUACCGAAUAUAAGCCCAAAGCAAAAAAAAGUUCAGAUCAAUCUGGUUUGUCUAGCAGUGCUUCUUCUGAAAAUGGAAGUCAGCAUGAUUCUAAUCAAGACUCCAGAAGUCUGGAUAUAGGAACAGAUGCUUAGCUCAGUGCUGUAACACAUAUGUGUUACGUAACAUUCAAUGAGGUCAGAUGUUUUAUGCUAUCAGUGGAAUCAUUAAAUUAUGUCUUCAGUAUAACGUAAGAAAUAUGUUAUAUAUUGUUGCUACAUACUGACAUAAAAAAAAAUUGUUUCAUAACAGUAAUCUUGACAUCUAAAUGCAACAACAAAAAUAAUUUUAUUUGUGCAACUUCGGAUAUUACGUAUUACUCUAUUUAUAUAAUAUUAAUUGUAACAAAUGCAUCAUAUGCCUUAAUAUGGCAAAUGGAAUUUGAUACAUCCAUUGUUGACAUAACAAUGUCCACAUGACUUUCAUUGAAUCUAUGACGCCACUGCCAGAAAGCAUGUUGUAAGAUUAUUGUUAAUUAGAAUAUUUUGACUCAUUUAUGUAUAAUAUGAGGUAUUUAUCUUGUUUAUUUAAUAAUUGCUGUGAAGAAGAACUAA